UUCUCAUGUCCGUUAGGUUUCCGUCAGAGACACAGAGCGGGACUGAGAGUGAGAGCAGAGUCCCGAAUAAGUUUUAAAAACAUCCCGUGAUACCGAGCCUCUUCAGCUGGAGGUUCUGGAACGAGAGACGGGCUGCUCUCCAGACCAGAGAGACCCUGAACCCGGGGCCAGGAGAGGCGGGACAGAUGGAGGCUAAAGAGGGGAAGAAGGGCCGUCUGCUGCUGGGCUCCCAGCUGGACGCUAAAGACGAGCUGGAGGAGAGACUGGAGCGAUGUGUGGUGAUCGUGCAGGCGCUGACCAACGGGCUGUCGGAGAGAGAGGCCAAUGACGCGCUCACCGCCAAUGUGUGUAAAGGCCAGCAGCAGCAUGAAGAGGUUUGUCUGGGUCUUUUCUCCCUGCUGCUCACAGAGCCGGCUCAGGCCCAGAGGUGCUACAGAGACCUGACGCUGCUCAGCAGAGACGGGAUGAGCAUCAUCCUGGUGAAGAUCAACCAGAUCCUGAUGGAGAAGUUCCUCAAGCUGCAGGACGUGCCACGAACCCAGCUGGUGUGGCUGGUGAAGGAGCUGGUGAAGAGCGGAGUUGUUGGAGCAGAUGGAGUCGUGAUGACUCUGCUCAAACAGAUUGCAGGUGGAGACAUUUCCCCAAAAAACCUGUGGCUGUCUGAGAACGUCCUGGAGAUCCUGCUGGACCAAAAGGAGUGGGUUCUGAAGAACGGGAUGCUGAUAGCCAUGUCGGUCUACACUUACCUCCGCCUCAUCGUGGACCACGGAGCGCCGAACCUGCUGAUCCUGCGUCAGAAGGAGGUGGAUUACUGCAUCAGCAUGCUGAGGGACAAGUUUGCAGAGUGUCAGAUCAUCGGCAGGGAUCUGGUGCGUUUGCUGCAGAACGUGGCCCGCAUCCCAGAGGUGGAGCUUGUGUGGAAAGACCUGCUGCACAACCCUCAAGUCCUCAGUCCUCAGUUCACUGGUGUGCUCCAGCUGCUGACUGCUCGCACUUCCAGGAAGUUUCUGGCGUGUCGUCUCACUCCGGACAUGGAGACCAAGCUGCUGUUCAUGACCUCCAGGGUGCGUUUUGGACAACAGAAGCGGUAUCAGGACUGGUUUCAGAGACAGUAUCUGUCCACAGCAGAGAGCCAGUCCCUGCGCUGCGAUCUGAUUCGCUACAUCUGCGGAGUCGUCCAUCCGUCCAAUGAGGUGCUGAGCUCCGACAUCCUGCCGCGCUGGGCAAUCAUUGGCUGGUUGCUGACCACGUGCACGUCGAACGUCGCCGCCUCCAACGCUAAGCUGGCUCUCUUUUAUGAUUGGCUGUUCUUCAAUCCUGAGAAAGACAGCAUCAUGAACAUAGAGCCGGCCAUCCUGGUGAUGCAUCACUCCAUGAAGCCUCAUCCUGCCAUCACCGCCACACUGCUGGACUUCAUGUGCAGGAUCAUCCCUCACUUCUUCCCUCCGCUGGAAACUCAGGUCCGUCAGGGCGUCUUCAACUCGCUCACCUUCAUCAUGGAGAAGAGAGUGCUGGCUGAGCUGUCCUCUCUUAGUCACCUCGCUCCGCUGUUUGAUAACCCAAAGUUGGACCGGGAGCUACGAUCGAUGCUCAGAGAGAGAUUCCCCGAGUUCUGCAGCUCACCCUCCCCCCCCACUGAAGUGAAAAGUGAGGAAUCCGUUUCCAUGGAGAUGGACAACAACGUGUUGGACAAGGAAGAGGGUUGCUAUGAUAGCACGGAGGCCGCCUUCAGCGACGACGAGGAGGAGGUGAACAAUAAAGGGAAGAAGAGGGAGUUCAGGUUCCAUCCAAUCAGAGAGGCUGUGGUGGAGGAACCUGCUGACAUCACACCCUGGCUCGACCAAUUAGAUGACACCAUGAAGGAGAAGGUGCAGGGGCUGCAGAAGACUAGUGACACAGAGACGCAGUGUGAGGUGAUGCAGGAGAUCGUGGAUCUGAUCCUGGAGGAGGACUUUGACCAGGAGCAGAUGUCCGGGCUGGCCUCCUGUCUGUCUGAGCUGUUCAAGGAUCACUUCAGAGGAGACGUGCUGCCAGAGGAGAUCACAGAGGAGUCUCUGGAGGAGUCUGUCUCUAAGCCGGUGUGUCUGGUCUUCAGGAACCUGGUCCUGAUGCAGGAGGAUAACAGCGGCUUCUCGGUGCUGCUGGACAUGCUGGCUGAGUUCUACCAGAAGCAGCCCAAGAUCGGAUACCACCUGCUGUACUACCUGAAGGCCAGUAAAGCGGCUAACGGGAAGAUGAUGCUGUAUGAGUCGUUUGCUCAGGCGACGGCCCUCGGGGACCUGCACACCUGCCUGAUGAUGGACAUGAAAGCAUGUCAGGAGGACGACGUGAGGCUGCUCUGCUACCUGACCCCCUCCAUCUACUCUGAGUUUCCUGAUGAGACGCUGAGGAGUGGAGAGCUGCUGAACAUGAUCGUGGCCGUCAUCGACUCCACACAGUUACAGGAGCUGAUGUGUCAUGUGAUGAUGGGAACCCUGGUGAUGUUCAGGAAGGACUCGGUCCUCAACAUCCUCAUCCAGUCUCUGGACUGGGAGACCUUCGAGCAGUACAGCACCUGGCAGCUGUUCCUGGCUCACAGCAUCCCUCUGGAAACCAUCAUCCCCAUCUUGCAGCACCUGAAGUACAAGGAACAUCCCGAGGCACUGUCGUGUCUGCUGCUUCAGCUGCGCAAAGAGAAGCCGAGUGAUGAGUUGGUGAAGAUGGUUCUGAGUCGGCCCUGCCAUCCUGAGGAUCAGUUCACCACCAGCCUGCUGAGAACCUGGGCCUCCAAACAGGACGACUCUCUCGGAGAACACAUCAAGAACCAGCUGAUCAAGAACAACAACCAGCCGCGCAAAAGACAGAGUCUGCGCAGCUCCAGCAGUAAGCUAGCUCAGCUGACUCUAGAACAGAUCCUGGAGCACAUGGACAACCUGAGGCUGAGCCUCAUCAACACCAAGAACAACUUCUUCUCUCAGACGCCCAUCCUGCAGGCUCUGCAGCACGUCCAGGCCAGCUGUGAUGAGUCUCACAAGAUGAGGUUCAGUGACUUGUUCUCCCUAGCUGAGGAAUAUGAGGAUUCUCAGUCAAAGCCCCCGAAGUCUCGCCGUAAAGCCCCCGCCUCGUCGCCUCGAUCUCGCAAAGGAGCCGCCCCCCCCUCCAACCCUGAAGAGGAGAGUGCCUCCAGCAGCGCCUCGGAGGAAGAGGACUCGAAGCCCAAAGCUCCGAAGAGGAAGAGGAAAGGCUCGUCGGCCAUCGGCUCUGACAGCGACUGACGGACCAAUUACAUGCCAGAGAGCGCUCUGACCACUGGAAGAAGCCCCGCCCCCUCCCGGUGACACGCACUGCCCACUGCGGGGGGACGGGGCACCAUGAGACAGUUUCCAUGGAGAUGAGGACUCACCGCGUGGUGAAGGUCGCCGUGUGGUGCCGGCGUGGCCGAUCUCCCACGAUGCACUUGGAAGAGGCAGCAGCAAAGACUGAUUUUAACUGAUGAGGAUGAUGAGGAUGACAGGAGGCGGGAUUGUGGUUUUUUUUUUUUUACUCUUAUUGUGGAGGAUCCUGACUUUCUGCUUUUUUUAGCAGUUCCUUCCUGUUUUCCCGCUGCAGUAAAAUCAUCAUGUUGGAACUCUUGGUAUAAAUUCAUGAUGUCAUCGUUCUGUUCACAUCUCUUUUUAUCAGUGUGUCGAAGUGAGAAGAUGAAGAGUCCAAACAGAGUGUGUGUUUAUGAUCAGCGGCUCAUCAACAGGAACACACAAUAACAAAGGGAGUUCCUCAGGGAGACAUCCUGGGUCCUCUGUGCUUUCUAUUAAAGUUUAUACAGAUUUAACAACUCAUUCAAUGUUCAGGUAAAUCCUCCUGUCCUCUUUCUCCACAGCUGUUUAUUAACUGAUACUCACAUGGUAUUUAAUAUCUCCUUCAUGAAGACUUCUAACUCUGUUUCAAAGGUUUUCAUUUCAGAUUCGGGGUUAAUGAUGGAUGUUAACAAUCCACACUUUUGAUAUUAAAGAGGCCCUAUUCUUCUUC